AUGAGUGGAGUGCAAAUGAUACCCAUAGAAGCGAUUGUAAAGGCUGCAUCUAAGGUGGCUUUCUUGCCUAUUUUAUUGGCGACUAUUAAUUAUUUCCAAAACGAUGUAAACUAUACGGGUUCGGGGAUCAUAGAUCAACCUGGACCUUCGCUACUUCGCAAAUACGAUUUCAUUGUAGUCGGCGCUGGAUCGGCAGGUGCGGUACUGGCGAAUAGGUUGACCGAAAUAACAAGUUGGAAUGUACUACUAAUUGAAGCCGGAGGAGAUGAAACGGUACAGUCAGACAUACCAUUGUUGUCCGCUAACUUGCAACUAUCUGACUUAGAUUGGCAAUAUAAAACCGAAUAUCAGAAUACAUCAUGUUUGUCAAUGGAAAAUCAACGCUGCAAUUGGCCACGGGGAAAAGUGUUAGGUGGGUCUAGCGUGUUAAACUAUAUGUUGUAUUCGCGUGGAAACAAAUUGGAUUAUGAUAACUGGUUUUUGCAAGGAAAUUCGGGUUGGGAGUACUACGAUGUGCUCCAUUACUUUAAAAAAUCAGAAGACAACCAAAAGCUGUCUCUAUCUCAGACACCGUACCAUUCGAUUGGCGGCUAUCUUACGGUAUCCGAAGCGUCGUACAAAACGCCGUUGGCUGACGCGUUCAUCGCGGCUGGCCGUGAAAUGGGCUAUCCUGUACGUGAUAUAAAUGGUGAACAUCAAAUCGGUUUCAUGAUUCCACAAGGUACCAUGAGAAAGGGCACCAGAUGCAGUACGGCAAAAGCUUUCUUGACACCAGCCAGACUACGGAGGAACCUACACGUGUCCAUCAACAGUCAUGUCACACGCUUGAUAAUUGACCCUCACACAAAAGUCACCACUGGCGUCGAAAUGAUGAAAAAUAAAAAACUGUAUACCAUUCAAGCCAGUAAAGAGGUGCUGCUGUCCGCGGGUUCCAUUAAUUCUCCUCAGCUACUUAUGCUCUCGGGCAUAGGCCCUUUACAACAUCUGACAAAAAUGGGUAUACCAAUUAUAGCCGAUUUAAAUGUGGGCAAAAAUCUUCAAGACCACAUUGGACUCGGUGGCCUCACGUUUUUGUUAAACAAAGAGGUAUCAAUAACGCAGCGGAAAGCGGAGACUUUUGAUGCAAUAAAGGACUACGCAUCGAUGGGCAAAGGUCCUUUGACGGUUAUGGGCGGUAUUGAGGGAUUGGCGUUUAUCAAUACCAAAUAUAAUAAUCUAUCGGCCAAACAACCAGACAUAGGGUUACAGUUCAUGUCUGUUUCCGCCAAUAGUGAUAUUGGUGUACAGUUGUGGAAAGCUCACGGGUUGAAUGAAGAUAUCUAUAAUUAUGUUUACAGAUCAAUUCACAACGAGGAAGCUUGGUCUGCUAUACCUAUGUUGUUGAGACCCAAGAGCCGAGGUGAAAUACUGUUGCGGACCACCAACCCAUUCGAGCAUCCCAGGAUUUUACCCAACUACCUGACGGUCCGAGAGGAUAUAAACACGUUGGUGAAUGGCAUCAAGUUUGUGGUAGAAAUGGCCAAAUCUACGUCGUUCAGUCAGUACGGGAGCCUUCUGCACGACAUACCGUUCCCCGGUUGUGCUGCAUUGCCGUUCCUCACGACCGCCUACUGGGAAUGCAUGGUCCGGCAAUACACCGUGUCCAUGAACAAUCCGGUGGGGACUGCCAAGAUGGGCCCAAAGUGGGACAAGACCGCUGUGGUUGAUCCACAGCUCCAGGUGUACGGCAUCGAAGGGCUUCGAGUAGUGGACGCGUCAAUCAUGCCCACGAUAGUCACUGCUAACACUAACGCGCCAGUCAUAAUGAUCGCCGAGAAAGCCGCGGACAUGAUCAAAGAGAAAUGGCUAAAAAUGAAACCGUGGCUUUAAUAUAAUAAUAUGAUCGCUAUAC